AUGUCGAAAGGUGCUCCACUUCAUUCCGGCCCUCGUGUACACCCGGACGUCUACCGCGUAUUCCAGAGCAAGACCAAAAUGAAUUUGAUCGUGACAAUGCGCGAAGGAACUGCCGCGGCGAUAAACGAAGCCAGUGCUCUCAAUCCUCCGUUGGAGUCCAGUGCAGCAUCACGAGGAGCUCGAAUACAUCAACUUGUGGACUCGCUCAAGGAGUCAGCGUCGUCCGCACAGCAGUAUGUAUUGAACCUUCUUAACGACCAGACCAAGACAACCACAACGCGUUCAACCCCAACGACGUUCUGGAUCUCUAACCAAAUCUACGUCGAAGAUGCAACGAUGGAGCUGCUUCAGCAGUUGGAAAUGGAGUCGUCGAUCGCGGAAAUUCAUGAGGAGCAGAUCUUAACGAUUGGGGAUAACUUCAAGGUGGAACAUUCGGACGACGCUGAGUCGGGGACGAAGAUCCACGCAUGGGGCGUCGGGAAGAUUGGGGCAGAGGCAGUGUGGGCAAAGGGAAUCGUGGGAGCGAACGUCACUAUCGCGGCGAUCGACACUGGUGUUCGUGCAUCGCACGAGGCGCUGCGAUCCAACUUUCGAGCCGACUACGGGUGGUUUGAUCCGGAGACCAAAAGUGCGGCUCCGUUGGACCUAUCUGGCCACGGAACUCACGUAGUGGGCUCAAUUGUUGGGUCUAAAGGCAUUGGAGUAGCCCCUAAAGCAAACUGGAUGGCUUGUCGGGGUUGUAGAAGCACAACAUCGUGCCUUGAGUCGAGUCUAUUAUCUUGUGCGCAAUUUGUACUUUGCCCAACGGAUUCAAAGGGCAAGAACCCACGGUGUAGCGAGGCCCCUCGUGUUGUCAACAAUAGCUGGGGAGUCGUUCAGGGAGCUGCAAACUUUAGUGCAGUUAUUGCAGCCUGGCAAGCAGCGGAGAUUAUCCCUGUCUUCUCGAUUGGUAAUUCAGGAUCCUUCAAAAAAUGCGGAACGGUGGCCUCACCUGGAGGCAAUAGCAACGUCAUUGGGGUUGGUGCGACGAGCUCUAACGACUUUUUGCUUCCUCAAAGCUCCACCGGACCCUCACCUGAUGGACGCAUUAAACCCGAUAUCGUAGCACCUGGAGUUAGAAUUUACUCUGCUUGGUGGACAAGAGACAACGUCUACACUAUCGCGUCUGGAACGAGUAUGGCAUCACCACACGUUACUGGAGCAGUCGCACUGCUGCUCAGCGCACAACCAGAACUGACUUAUGACCAGAUUUGGGCCGCAUUGACGGCGUCAGCGGUGAAGAAUAUAAGUUUCGUGGACAGCGCUUCUUUUCACUUAUCUUGUGGAAAUAUCUCGAGCUUCACAUCCCCGAACAACGUUUUUGGUUACGGACGGCUAGAUGUCAAUCGCGCUAUGCAACUGCUUGGUGCUAAAUAG